GAGAGCCCGUGUUCGGUUUUGGGUGUAUCGCCUACUUGCUUGACCUAUACAGUGAAUCCUUAUUAAUUAAGUGUUAGAUCUAAUCGGAUCGAAACAAUUGCCCCAUGUGAUUCUGACUACUCUCUUUCAGCAGCGACCAUCUGGACUCUUCAUUAAUUAUUGUCCUUAUACACACAUCUUUUGUAACGCAAUGGCCAACUUCUUGCCACUCAAUGCCGUCUCCAAUGUUAUCAUUGUAUCCGGCGAGAUUGGCACUCCCAACGAAACUUGGAAAGGUCCUACCAUACCAGUUGUCUUGCAACGGCAGAGCGUUCCAUCUUUGGAAACCGGAGUUCUCGAUGACUACGCCACGAAGAUUGAGAAUCGAACUUUUUCUGACUACUGCAAGCCUUAUCCUGAUCCACCUUUUGAAAUCCCGGCGCCUGCAAAUUUGACCCUUCAGAUCCGUUUGGGGAAUGUGUUAUCUGAGGGCCAGAGCAGUAUUGUUUUCAAGUGCGAAUGCUUUAUCCCCUACGGAAAUGAGACUCUGGAAUAUAUCAUUCCUCCAAUGGUGGUCAAGCUUGCAAAACGAUACAAGAGUGAUGAUGUGAAAAAGGAAGCAAUCAUGUAUGAGGGAAUAAAAUGUUUACAAGGUUCUUCUAUUCCACGUUGCUAUGGCUUUUUCCAGGUUCGCGCACUUGAAUUCUUUGACUUCGGACCUAUGUCAAUUUUACUGCUUGAGGAGCUUGGAGGACUUCUCACUCUUGAUCAACCAGUGACAGAUUCCGCAAAGUCCGAUAUAGAGGGCUUAUGCUCUGAUUUGGCUCAUUUGCGCAUUGUUCAUGAUGAUAUGGGAUAUCAAAACAUUCUCUCUACAUUAAGUCUUGAACAAGGUGGUCUUCCCAGUCUCCCGUCUCCAAUCUCAGGAAGGACAUAUGGCUGGAGGCUAGCGGGAUUUAAUGGUGCUUUUAGAACUUCCACAACUCUGGAAAAUGUUCAGUCAUUUUAUGAUUAUCAUCUUCCCGGAGUUUUAGAGAAUGUUUACAAGCCAUUCGAAGAGUAAAGAUGUGGAAUUUCUAGGCUUGGAUAGAUAGAUCAAUUGAUAAAUGGUGUUUACUCCGAGUCAUUAGAAGAACUUGAGUAAAUGGAAUA